GGUGAACUGUGAAAAACAUGAGCCCCAAUAUUUCUCUCAACACCAAAAACUAAUCGUAUACCCAUAUUUAUUUACUUUAGUCAUGUUCCUACCUUUGCCUUUGCAAACAACACUAACCACAAGGACGUGAACAACAUUUUAAAACUGCAGCUGCUCGGGAAAAACUUUCUGCUGUGGAAAGUGGCCCCACAUAAAAACACAUUGGAGCGAGGUCAAAUCAAAUCACUGCAAAUGUUUGACAGGCCCGACUACUGGCCAAUGGGAUAGGUGUAAACAUGCUACCGGGGGCGGGAUCUAAGGUAUCCCAGUAUCCUCCACUCCAGGUGCUUUGUUGUUCUUGUGGGACAGAAAGACGCAGGAAAUACUCGUGAAUUAUCCGUGAUUCGCACGGGUUAAGUGGGGAUAACGUUUCCCCGGGUUAAUUCAGUCUGAACCAGGUCAAAGUGCGGGGUUAAAGCGAUGUCAUGCGGGGGAAACACGCGUAUUUGUGGAACUGAGCAGUGAGUUAGCAUUAGCUUCCUCCCCGCGGAGAGAGAGGGUGUCCGGACUGGAGCGGAAGAGGAGAAACCCACCGGGAUGCCUCACGCAAGUUGGGGGAAACUGUGUUUCACCGUCCCUCCCGGACUCCCUGGACUUUAAACACGGAGGAUGAGCCGGUGCCGCUGAUACAGGAACUACAAGAAGCGUUCGGCGGCGGUCCUUUGGCUGUGAAACGUGCCACUUUAGCGAGUUAGCCACGUAGCCUCCCGGCAGGAAGACGCUUUAAAAUGGCGGAGGGUUGGCCCGUUGCUUCGGCCCUUGUCCUCACGCUGCUCGGCCUGGCUGCCUGGGCCCUCGAGGCUUGUCCGGCUCCAUGCUCGUGUUCCAACGGGCCAGACGGGUCCCGGGUCAUGGACUGUAACAGGAAGAGGCUGUCGGCGGCUCCUCUGGACCCAGAAGACGGGAUAACACAAGUCACCAUGAAUCACAACGAGCUGACUGCUCUUCCGUUUCUUGGAGAUGUUUCCUCAAACAUCACCUCGCUGUCAUUAGUCCACAAUCGGAUCUCGGAGCUGUCGAUGCACCAGCUGCAGCCCUACAUCUCCCUGGAGACGCUGGACCUUACGUCCAACUCUAUCUCUGAGCUCAAAGCUGGAUCCUUCCCCUUCAUGCAGCUGAAAUAUCUGAAUUUGAGUAAUAACAAGAUCAGUGUCCUCGAGCCCGGUUGCUUUGAAAACAUCUCCAGCUCCCUGCUGGUGCUGAAGCUGAACAGGAACAGAUUGGCUCUGCUGCCAUCCAAAGUCUUCAGACUCCCUCAACUUCAGUUCCUUGAAAUGAAGCGUAACAGGAUCAAGAUAGUGGACAGCCUCACAUUCAAAGGGAUGGACUCACUGAAGUCACUGAAGAUGCAGAGGAAUGGCAUCACUAAGCUCAUGGAUGGAGCCUUUUUUGGACUUAACAACAUCGAAGAACUAGAACUGGAGCACAACAACCUAACGGAGGUCAACAAAGGUUGGCUGUAUGGCCUGCGCAUGCUGCGUAUCCUGCGGGUCAGCCAAAAUGCAGUCAGCAUCAUCCGACCAGAUGCCUGGGAAUUCUGCCAAAAGCUUGAGGAACUAGACUUGUCCUUUAAUCAUUUGACUCGACUGGAGGAGACGGCUUUUGUGGGAUUAGGUUUCUUGGAGAGCCUGAACCUGGGAGACAACUCCAUCAGCCAUUUGGGAGAGGGAGUGUUCAGUGGUCUGUCAAGUCUGCGUACACUAGAUAUCCGCAAUAAUGAAAUCUCGUGGGCCAUCGAAGACUCCAUUGGCGUAUUUAAUGGAAUGAAGAAGCUGAACACACUAAUCCUACAGCGGAACAAAAUCAAAUCAAUCACGAGGAAAGCAUUCGAGGGCCUGGAGGAGCUGGAGCACCUGGACCUGAGCAAGAACGGCAUCAUGUCGAUCCACCCGGAGGCGUUGUCCCACAUGAAGCUCAAAGUGUUUAUACUGAACACAAGCAGCUUGCUGUGUGACUGCCACAUGCAGUGGUUGGGGCCCUGGCUCACAGACAGUCUGUUCCAGCAGUCUGUCUCUGCUGUCUGUGCUCAUCCGGCCAGUCUACUUGGUCGCAGCGUCCUGACCAUCAGCCCGGAAGAGUUUGUUUGUGAUGAUUUUCCCAAACCUCACAUAACAACUCACCCGGAGACGUCGGUGGCACUGCGGGGGAACAAUGUGACUUUGAGCUGCGUUGCCACCAGCAGCAGUGAUUUACCGAUGACCACAGCUUGGAGGAAGGACGGGGAGGUGCUGUAUGAUGCAGAAGUCCAAAACUACGCCCGGUUUCAGGAGGGAGAGCUCAUCUACACCACGAUGCUCCACGUCCUUAACGUCAACUUUACUGACGAGGGGCGCUACCAGUGUGUGGUCUCAAAUCACUUCGGCUCCAACUACUCCAACAGGGCCAAGCUUACUGUCAAUGAGCUACCAUCUUUUCUGAAGACUCCCAUGGACCUGACUAUCAGGACAGGGACAAUGGCCAGGCUGGAGUGCGCUGCCGAAGGUCAUCCAUCACCCCAGAUUGCUUGGCAGAAGGACGGAGGCACAGACUUUCCUGCCGCUCGAGAGCGAAGGAUGCACGUGAUGCCGGAUGAUGACAUCUUCUUCAUCGCGGAUGUGAAGACCGAAGACAUGGGAGUUUACAGCUGCACGGCUCAGAAUGCAGCUGGUAGCCUGUCGGCCAACGCCACUCUCACCGUCUUGGAAACUCCAUCCUUCAUGCGGCCGCUGGAAGACAGGACCGUGGCUCGUGGUGAAACUGCCGUGCUUCAGUGUAUAGCUGGAGGCAGCCCCGCCCCUCGUCUCAACUGGACCAAAGAUGACGGACCCCUGGUUCUGACAGAGCGCCACUUCUUCGCCGCCGCCAACCAGCUACUCAUUAUUGUAGACGCCGGUCCUGCCGAUGCGGGGAAAUACACCUGCAUCAUGUCAAAUACUCUGGGAACGGAGCGCGGCCACAUCUACCUCGGUGUCUCGCCGUCGCCGAACUGCGAAACGGGUGCAGGGUACGACCAGGACGGCUGGACCACCGUGGGCAUCGUGGUGAUCGUGGUGGUGUGCUGUGUGGUCGGAACCUCACUAGUCUGGGUCAUUGUGAUCUAUCACAUGCGCAGAAAGAGCGAGGACUACAGUAUUUCAAAUACAGAUGAAUUGAAUUUGCCGGCAGACAUCCCCAGCUACCUGUCCUCUCAGGGAACUCUGUCAGAGCCGCAGGAAGGAUACAGUAACUCUGAAGCUGGCAGCCACCAACAACUCAUGCCUCCUCUCUCCAAUGGAUACGUCCAUAAAGGGACAGAUGGUGUGUGUUAUGGAGACACGAGCAGUGAGGUGGAAGCGGAGGGGAGCGGCGUGCUGCACUGCCGGGUCGGCUCUCUGUUCACUGGCCGCAGCAGUUUCCACCCUGGGGAUCCCCGUGAGGGACUAGCUGGAGUCCCCACAGGCGGUGCAGGUCAGCUGGUCAUCUGCUCCGACUGCUACGACAACGCCAACAUCUAUUCCCGCACACGGGAGUACUGCCCGUACGCCUACCUGGGAGAGGACGACCCGCUGGACAAAGCUCUACCAGGCCUGAAGGAGAACUUCAUCGAGCACGGCCAGCAUGUGGACACGGCUCUGGAGAACCUCAUCAGCAACCAGGACACGUCCCUCUUCCUCACGUCACAUGACAAAAGGUCGAGCAGCCACACUCCCCCGCAGCACUACGCUAAUGAUUCCCUCAGCAGGUCGUUCUGGGGAGACGGGGAAGAUCUGUCCUCCAAACCUCGUCCCGGAGCGUCCCAGCACCCAGUGACUGUUCACAGGACCCCUCCCCUGGCGUCCACUGCAGAAGGGGCAGAGGGGCACAUUGAGGCAGAGGCGGACUACUUCCCUAUCCAAUGCACACAGGACCACAGAAGUGCCUCUAAUAGGACUAACCCUCAGGAGCACCCUGCUCCCACAUAGGUCCUCACAGUCCAUGUUCCACCUCUGACUCCUUGUUGCUGCACCCCUCCCCCCUCCUGUUCACCCACUACCUCCAAAGAGACUCCUCACAUUCUGCCAAAGAUGCUCUCUUGUAUGUUUACAUUCCUCUUUCACUCAAGAGGACACGCUAACGUUCUCCUCUGUGGAACGACUGCUGUGUCAGGCUGGAGAAAUGGACCGGUGAUUAAAGUGACCUCCUCCUCGACACCUCCACCUCUGCAGGGCUCUUAUCCCCCCACGUCCUCCGCCACUCCUCUUUUCUCUCUCCACAGAGAGAAAGCUAUGAAUGUAUGCUUUAAAGAGCCAUGUUGGAUGGGAUUGUCCCUGCUGCUGCUGCUGAGGGGCUGAAAUGGUUUGUUUCAUCAUUCCUGGUACUGACACCACAUGACUGAACUAGACAUUACAAACCAUCUCUUUCCAACUCGGAGGGGAGGGGGGUUUAAAUGGGGGACUAUUGUAGCUCCCUCACCAGCAGAUUGUGGUGGUUAAUAUAGGGAAGAACCUCAAAAGCAUAUGUACCACAUUCCCACAGCUUUUCUGUCUGUAAACUAUGCUAUCUAGUAUCCUGUUAUGCAAAUUCCAGAGACAGUUGAACACCAAACGUGGUGUAUAUUAUGAAUAUAUAUGAAUAUAUCCUAUAUCAUCUUUAUCUGAUCUUGUUUUUUCGUCCUGUGUCAAACACAAUCACUUCGUAUCAGUUUGCUGGCUAUUUUUUCUCGCGGUUGUCUCCUCGAUGGCCUUAUGUUUAACAAGGAUGCUCAGUAACCUCAUCAGGUGACAUUAUGGUUUGUAAACUGGAAGCACUGAAUCGUUUUCCCCUUCUUCUCAUGUCUUACAGGCACUUAAUGCAAUGGAGGUACAGUUUUAAACGGAAUACAUGCAGUUAGCCUGGAGACUAAACCAAUCAGCGAGCUUAUGUUUGUUUGCUCUUGCAAAUCGGUCCAUCCCCAACCGCCUGUCUGCUCAGACAGAAUUCCUCCGACCUGCUGAGGUCGUUUAAAUCCAUGAUCACGACUCUAUUAAACAGAACUGGACAUUUUCUCUAAAAGAAAACCUGCACUUAGGCUUCAUCCAUACGUGAUACGUCUGCCGUCCACACUCCAGAGGCCUUUGUUAAUAUAAACAUACAACUAAAUGUAUUAAGAGGUUCCAGACCCAUUUGUAAAUGCAGAUCGGUGAGAUAGUGUCAGGCUAACACGCCAUGUUACUCUGUUAGGUUUCAUCUCCACCAUUUUUUCCCACAAAGUCCAUGAUCCUUACGCAGAAAUUGAUUAAGCCUUAAGUUUUCACCUGGGACUGAAAUAUGAGAAUGUAUUGUAUUAUUUUAUACUUGUAUGUAUGUAUGUAUGUAUGUAUGUGUACAUAAGGUUAUGGUCCAUGGCCUAUAAGUCCAUUUGCAGAGAGGUUUGAGAUGUAAGCUGCAGUAACUCUUUUAACAUUAAGCCUUUAUUGUCCCGGCGCUGUCCAAAUGUUUUUAAAUGUUACCACACACUUCAGUCAGAAAUUGUUUUUUAUUUCCUCAACUGAGACUCUCAGUUCAAUUAUCAAACAGCCUUCAAACUCAGCAAUACCUUUUCCAAAUGUCUGCCUUCGCUUCUGAGGAUGUGAAAAUGAAAAUGCCUUUGCUGUAAAAGAAUGUGGACGUGUUUCAACAGGUUUUUUAUCUCUGGUUCUCCUUAGAAAUCCUCCUGUACUGUUGUAGCUCGGCAAAGCUCCGAUCUCAUUGGCUUUGUUUGUAACUGGCCUUGAAAACCUGCCUGUAUGUGCUCUAGAUAUUCAGUCUGCAGUUUAUUAGGUACAUCUAGAAAUACAUGAUUCAGUUUAAUCCAACAGUGAUGCAGUAAAUGAUACGUCUGACAACCUGUAUUUUCUAGGUUUUUUUAAAUUAUUUCCAUUUGUUGAUAAUCAUGACUGCUACAUUCUGCUCUUCUAGUUGUGACCAAGGAAUGAUUUCACCAUUCACAUCUCCUCCCUCUAUAAUGGGAUAUGGUACUCUGAUUGGUUUAUUGCAUGUUACACUUAAAAAGACUAAGUACAAACUCUUUAAACCAUGCAACUGUUGAAUCCUUUUUUUAACACUUAAGCUUGGAAAAGAAGCAAAAAGCUUCAUCACACUUUCUGCUUCUCUCUGGUUUGUGCAGACGUUUAUUUCAUGUCAUUCUAGCAAACUUUUUUUCUUAUUUUUGUCAAUUUGCUAGAAUCGGAACAUCCCGUGCCUGUUUCUUCAAACGCCAGAAAACGAAUUAUCUUUCCUGACUCUCCUGAGUUCCUUUUGUACUCGACACACUCUCUGUUUCUGUGGAAGCAGGUAUCUGAUGGUUCUUUAUGUCAUUCUGGCUUAUACCUCUGAUCAGUUUCAUGCCCCUUGAAAAAGUUAAAAAAGGAAACUUGCAGUGGCAUGUCACCGUAAUGGAGUUCCAUGUCCCGGGGGGGAAAUACAUCAAUUCAGUAUUUAUUAUUUUCUGCCGACCCACUGAACACAAUGUGCAUUUAUAAUGUCUUACUCUCUGAAACGUCCUUUAUGACUUUAUACCAAAGUUUAGCAGUAACUGCUCUGGCAAUAUCCAAUGCUGCUUUUUUGUAUUGUUGAAGUUUUUCAUUUUGUUUAGUAUUUUUGGACCUUAUUUACCUGUACAUUCUGUAAAGCAUGUCUAAAGAGACUUUUUGUUACAUAGCCAUUACUCUAACAUUAAACAUGAAUUCUGAUAA